AUGGCGGUGCCCAAAAGCAGCAGCUCUCAACUGGAGAGUCGAAGGAGUAGCUCGGACCCCACCUCGGGGGUCUCCGGGCCCAUUGCGGGGCGCAGCGUCUUACCUGUUUUCUCUUUGAUCUCACACAGGACGCUGAAGAGCUUAGCGACAGCCGACAAGCUCCGGCGGCUAAAGCUCCAGCCCGCACGAAGCGCGACCCAUCUGCCCGGCAGUCAGCAGUCUCGGCCACCGUGGGACGCGAACCUGCUCGGGGAGCCGGAUUCCGGGGGCAGACGGCGGCGACCCGCGGGAGGCGACGGCGUGGAGGGGCUCCUGCGUCCGCCCUCCGCCGGGGGAGCGGGCGCUGCGCGGGCGGCCGGCCGGCUGCGGCCAGCGGGCGGUGACAGCUCGGCAAAGUUUGCGAGGCGGCCCUCCCUUCCCGAGAACUUGGCCGCCCGCGCCCGGACCCGCCGGGGAACCGCCCAGCGCCCAGCGCCCGGGCUGGGGCGGCCGCCCGCACGGCGAGGUCGUCCCGCGGCCAAGCGGAACCGGGCGCUGGGACCCUGGGCCGAGGAGAAAGUUGCACUUCCCUCAAGUGCGGCCCGGGUCCCGCUCGCAGCGGCGUGCACCCGGGUCCGGGCGGGAGGUUUGAAUCCGUGCGAGAGGGCCGGGCUGCCAGAGGGCCUGACUAGGGGGGCGGGUGAGAGACACCCACAAAAUCCACGCGGCACGAAGUCCGUCCCGCGCCCCGAGAGCAACUUUGCCGACUCCCGCCCGCGUCGAGGGGCGCCAGGGCAAGUCCCCCCGAGGCCCGGGCCGGCGGCCUGUUUUCGGAGAAAGUUCCCCGCCCCGGGCUGA